AUGCCUGGUGCGUAUAAAGGAGAGUGUGGGGACGAUGUGGACCCCAUGCCAUACCUGGCUCCUCCUGAAAAAGAGAAGAUCGAGGCCAUGAACAAGCCCUAUGACAUCAAGAAGUCAUGCUGGGUGAAGGAUGAAAAGGAGGGUUUUAUCGCUGGUGAGAUCCAGUCGGAUGCGGGUGACCAAGUCACUGUGAAGACUGUGGCCAACCAGACCCUCACUUUGAAGAAGGAUAAUGUCCAGCAGAUGAACCCACCCAAGUUCUACCAGAUCAGUGACAUGGCCAACAUGACCUUCUUGAAUGAGGCCAGCGUCUUGGACAACCUGCGUCAGCGUUAUGUCCACAUGAGGAUCUAUACCUACUCCGGUUUGUUCUGUGUGACUAUCAACCCCUACAAGUGGCUGCCCAUCUAUGGAGCCCGGGUUGCCCAGAUGUACAAGGGCAGGAAGCGUACAGAGAUGCCUCCUCACCUGUUCUCCAUCUCUGACAAUGCCUACCAUGACAUGCUCAUGGACCGUGAGAACCAGUCUAUGCUGAUUACUGGAGAAUCCGGUGCCGGCAAGACUGAGAACACGAAAAAGGUCAUUCAGUACUUUGCCAACAUCGGCAGCACUGGCAAACAGUCUGCCGACGGGAAGGGGUCCCUGGAAGAUCAAAUCAUCCAGGCUAAUCCUGUUCUGGAGGCCUUUGGAAAUGCCAAAACUACCAGGAACAACAAUUCCUCACGUUUCGGCAAGUUUAUCCGAAUCCACUUUGGUACCACAGGCAAACUGGCUGGGGCUGACAUUGAGAGCUAUCUCCUAGAGAAGUCCCGUGUCAUUUCCCAGCAGGCAGCUGAGAGGGGCUAUCACAUCUUCUAUCAGAUCCUCUCCAAAAAGAAGCCUGAACUUAUUGAAAUGUUGCUUCUGGUGCCUGAUCCUAACCAUUACCACUGGAUUUGUCAAGGGGUGACCACUGUAGACAACAUGGAUGAUGGGGAGGAGCUGAUAUGCACAGAUGUGGCCUUUGAUGUUCUGGGCUUCACUUCAGAAGAGAAGCAAGGUGUCUACAAGCUGACUGGCGGCAUCAUGCAUUUUGGCAACAUGAAGUUCAAACAGAAGCCAAGAGAGGAGCAGGCAGAGGUAGACAGCACCGAGGUGGCUGACAAAGUUGCUCACCUCAUGGGCCUCAACUCUGGGGAGCUCCAGAAGGGCAUCACCAGGCCCCGGGUGAAAGUGGGCAAUGAGUUUGUGCAAAAAGGCCAGAACUUGGAACAAUGUCAGAACUCCGUUGGUGCCCUGGGCAAAGCUGUCUACGACAAGAUGUUCAAGUGGAUGGUGAUCCGGAUCAACAAGACCUUAGACACCAAGAUGCAGAGACAGUUCUUCAUUGGGGUGCUGGACAUUGCUGGCUUUGAGAUCUUUGAGUUCAACAGCUUUGAGCAGCUGUGCAUCAACUUCACCAACGAGAAGCUGCAGCAGUUCUUCAACCAUCACAUGUUUGUGCUGGAGCAGGAGGAGUACAAGAGGGAGGGGAUUGAAUGGCAGUUCAUUGACUUUGGCCUGGAUCUGCAGGCUUGCAUUGAGCUCCUGGAAAAGCCCAUGGGCAUCUUCUCCAUCCUGGAAGAGCAGUGCGUGUUCCCGAAGGCCACGGAUGCGACUUUCAAGGCUGCCCUCUAUGACAACCACCUGGGCAAGUCACCCAACUUCCUCAAGCCCAAAGGAGGCAAGGGCAAGGGAGCUGAAGCCCACUUUGAGCUGGUGCACUAUGCUGGCACAGUCGGGUACAAUAUUACUGGGUGGCUGGAGAAAAACAAGGACCCUCUGAAUGAAACAGUGGUGGGCUUGUUCCAGAAAUCGGGCAUGUCACUGCUCUGUGUUCUCUUUAAAGAGGAGGAGGCAGCAGCAGGUAUUACCAAGAAGCAGAAAAGAGGAUCUUCUUUCAUGACUGUCUCCAACUUCUACAGGGAGCAGCUAACCAAGCUGAUGACCACUUUGCACAGCACAGCCCCCCAUUUUGUACGCUGCAUUGUUCCCAACGAGUUCAAGCAAUCCGGGGUGGUCGAUGCUCACUUGAUAUUGCAUCAGCUGGCCUGCAAUGGAGUACUGGAAGGCAUCCGUAUUUGCAGGAAGGGCUUUCCUAACAGGCUGCAGUACCCUGAAUUCAAACAGAGAUACCAGGUCCUGAACCCCAGUGUGAUCCCUCAAGGAUUUGUGGACAAUAAAAAAGCAUCAGAACUGCUGCUUGGCUCUACUGGCCUGGGAGACGAUGAAUACAAAAUUGGGCACACCAAGGUGUUCUUCCGAGCUGGAGUGCUGGCCAAGCUGGAAGACAUGCGAGAUGACCGUCUAGCAAAGAUCAUGACCAUGCUACAGUCCCGUGGUCGUGGCUACCUGAUGAGGAUUGAGUACAAAAAGAUGCUGGACAGAAGGCUGGGCCUGAUGGUCGUUCAGAGGAACGUCCGCAAGUUCCUGCAGCUACGCUACUGGGGCUGGUGGAAAUUAUACAACAAGGUGAAGCCUCUGCUGAAUGUGGCCCGACAGGAGGAGGAGAUGAAGCUGAAGGAAGAGGAGCUGAGAAGUGCCAUGUCCAAGACUCAGGAGCUUGUUGAUCGUGUCAAGGAGCUGGAGGAGAAGACUGCCACCCUCAGCCAAGAGAAGAAUGACCUCACCAUCCAGCUGCAGGCCGAACAAGAGAACUUGAAUGAUGCUGAGGAGCGUGUGACCCAGCUCAUGAAAACUAAGAUGGACAUGGAGAGCCAGAUCUCAGAUAUGAGAGAGCGCCUGGAGGAAGAGGAGAGUGCAGCCAGCAGCCUGGGUGCCAACAAGCGCAAACUAGAGGCUGAGCUCAAUGAUCUGAAGCGUGACCUGGAGGGACUGGAAACCACCUUGGCUAAGACUGAGAAAGAGAAGCAGGCGCUGGACCACAGAGUGCGAACUCUGAGUUCAGAUCUCGCUGUCCGGGAUGACACGAUUGCUAAACUUCAGAAGGAAAAGAGGGCUUUGGAGGAACUUCACCAGAAAACUCUAGAUGACUUGCAAGCUGAGGAGGACAAGGUGAAUCAUCUGACCAAAACCAACAGCAAACUUACCACUCAGAUCCAUGAGGUGGAGGACAACUGGGAGCAGGAGAAGAAGAUCCGUGGGGAAGUGGAGAAGGCCCGUCGAAAGGCAGAGGGUGACCUCAAAGUGACCAUUGAGAACCUCAAUGAGAUGGAGCGAGCCAAACUGGAUUUGGAGGAAGUCAUUAAGAAGAGAGACAUGGAAAUCAAUUCUGUCAACUCAAAGAUGGAGGAUGAACAAUCCCUGAAUUCCACGCUGCAGAGAAAACUGAAAGAGCACCAGGCCCGUAUUGAAGAGCUGGAGGAAGAGCUGGAAGCUGAGCGUGCCUUGAGAGCUAAGGUGGAGAAACAGCGCAGUGAUCUCUCCCGUGACCUCGAGGAUCUCUCUGAUCGACUGGAAGAGGCCGGAGGUGCCACUACAGCCCAGAUUGAACAGAACCGCAAGCGGGAAGCUGAGCUGCUGAAGCUGCGGCGGGAGCUGGAGGAGGCAGCCCUGCAGAGUGAAGCGACUGCCUCCACGCUGCGGAAGAAGCACUCGGAUGCCAUGACCGAGAUGGGGGAGCACGUAGAGAACCUCCAGAGGGUGAAGGCCAAGCUGGAGAAAGACAAGCAGGUCAUGAAGGCUGAAAUCGAUGAUCUCAGUGCCAGCAUGGAGUCUCUCCAGAAAUCCAAGCUGAAUUCUGAGGCCCAUGUCCGCAAACUGGAAGACAACUUGGCUGAGGCCAAUGCCCGGCUGUCAGAGAUGGAGAAGAACCAGGCUGAAAUUAAUGCCAUCAGGACCAGGCUCCAAGCUGAAAACAGCGAGCUGAGCCGGGAGCAUGAGGAAGCUCAGAGUAGGCUUACCCAGAUUGUCCGCAUGAAGACUUCCCUCACCUCUCAAGUGGAGGAGUUCAAGAGGCAAAUCGAUGAAGAGUCCAAGUCUCGUAGUACUGCUGUUGUCAGCCUGGCCAACACCAAGCAUGACCUCGACCUGCUGAAAGAGCAGAUGGAGGAAGAGCAAGAGAGUAAAUCUGAGUUGCAGCGCCUGGUCUCCAAGCUCAAUACUGAAGUCACAACGUGGAGGACAAAAUAUGAGACCGACGCCAUUCAAAGAACAGAAGAGCUAGAAGAAACCAAGAGAAAGCUGGCCGCGAGGCUCCAGGAGGCUGAGGAGACAGCUGAAGCUGCUCAGGCACGAGUUGCCAGCAUGGAGAAAGCCAAGCAGAGGCUUCAGAUAGAAGUGGAAGACCUCACUCUAGACCUGGAGAAGGCCAAUGCUGCUUGUGCUGCCCUGGACAAGAAGCAGAGGGCUUUUGAUAAGAUGCUGGCAGAGUGGCAGCAGAAAUGUGAGGAGCUGCAAGUGGAGGUCGAUAAUUCCCAGAAGGAGUGCCGCAUCUACAUGACAGAAAACUUCAAGCUGAAGACAGCCUACGAGGAAGCCCUAGAGCACCUGGAGUCUGUUAAGAAAGAGAACAAGACUCUCCAGGAGGAGAUUAAAGAUCUGAUUGACCAGCUGGGCGAGGGAGGGAAAAGCGUGCAUGAGCUGCAGAAAAUAAAGAAGAAGCUGGAGAUUGAGAAGGAUGAACUGCAGGUGGCGCUCGAAGAAGCAGAGUCUUCCCUGGAGGUUGAAGAGAGCAAACUGGUCCGCAUUCAGCUUGAACUGGCGCAGGUGAAAGCUGAUAUCGACAGAAGGAUCCAUGAGAAGGAAGAAGAAUUUGAAGCUACACGGAAAAAUCACCAGCGUGCGAUUGAGUCCCUACAGGCAAGUCUGGAAACAGAAGCUAAGGGGCGUGCUGAAGCUCUCCGGCUCAAGAAGAAGAUGGAGACAGAUCUGAACGAAAUGGAAAUCCAGCUGGAUCACGCCAACAGGAACAACAGUGAGCUUGUCAAGACCCUGAAAAAACUGCAGCAGCAGAUCAAGGAUCUUCAGAUUCAGAUGGACGAGGAUGCCCGCCAGCAUGAGGAGCUCCGUGAACAGUACAACCUCCAGGAGCGCCGCCUCAGCCUGCUACAGACAGAGCUGGAAGAAGUGCGGUCUGGCCUGGAGGGCAGUGAGCGCUCUCGCAAGCUCCUGGAGCAGGAGCUGGUUGAGAUCACGGAGAGGCACAAUGAACUCAGUGUGCAGAACCAAAGCCUGUUGGUGAUAAAGCGCAAACUGGAGUCUGACCUUCUGCGCAUCACAAAUGAACACGAGGAGAUCAUCAGUGAGUACCGGGCAGCGGAUGAGAGAGCAAAGAAGGCCAUGUCUGAUGCUUCCCGUAUGGCAGAAGAGCUGCGUCAGGAGCAGGAUCACAGCAUGCACCUGGAAAAAAUCAAAAAGAACUAUGAAAUCACGAUAAAAGACCUGCAAGUCAAGAUGGAAGAGGCUGAGCAGUUGGCCCUGAAAGGAGGAAAACGAACUAUCAUGAAACUUGAGACACGGAUUAAGGAACUGGAAACAGAGCUAGACUCUGAGCAGAAGCGCCAUGUGGAAACAGUGAAAAUUCUGCGCAAAAAUGAACGCCGUCUGAAGGAACUGGUCUUCCAAACAGAUGAGGACCACAAAACCAACCAGCGCAUGCAGGAGCUGGUGGAGAAGCUGCAGAACAAACUGAAGACGUACAAGAGGCAAAUCGAUGAGGCUGAGGAGCAGGCUAACCAGAGCUUGGCCAAGUACAGAAAGACCGUGCACGAGCUGGACGAUGCAGAAGAAAGGGCUGGGAUGGCUGAGACUGCUCUAAAUAAACUGCGCACAAGGCACCGCGUCUCCGCCACCAAGGGGUUCACGUCUGUGGAGAUCAUCCAGGUGUCGAAGCCUUCCAAAUCGGCUUCCGAGGAAUAGACCUCUCUGCUCCGACCCUGCAGCAGCGUGUCACACACCUUCCUAACAGCUGCCCAUCGCAAGACUGCUAUUAUAGUGAUGAAAACAGCAGGCUAGAGCUAACAAGGAGAAGCCCACGUGGGAAGAGACAGACAGAGGGAUGGAAACAAGGAAUGUAUGCAGCUCUGUGGGGGAGAGACCUAUCUCUGUGUCACCCCGUGAGAGCUUGAGGCUGCGACUUCCCCUGCGUGUCCUGCACCGUGAAAUCAUAUAGGCAUGUUUGCUGUCAGUGGAAAGGGGUCUGUUGUAACACAGACUUUGCAUUUUCAUGUCAAGGACGGAAGGUGUAAAGUGUCUGUGUGACCUGGGCUGUCUCUUGUAAAUAAUUCUUCACACUAAUAGUCUUAAUGCAUAGUCUUAAUAAAGCUUCCUGGAUGAAAGAGAAACUCAGAAGAGCUGCUGGAUUUAUUUUUGCUUGUAGAAUGAGAAUGGGGGGCUUCAGAUGGUUAUAAGGCAGUGAGACCUGUGCGGGGUGGGAGCAGUAGGAGUCUAGAGGCUGUGGGGACGGUUACAGGGGGGAGCAUCCCUCAUUCUUUCCAACACCUCCCCUGCCUAUCACUUGCCAGUUGAGAGCAGACAGACAGGGAAGGCAGAGCAACCACCCAGCUAAGCAAGCUCACAGCAUCCCCAAUGGCUGGCAGAAAUACAUAUAGCUAUUAGCUAUGCACACAACCUUGCUAAGUUCAGGAAGAAGCAAGGCUAUAGUGCUGAAUAUUUGACACUUUAUACCCAGUGGAUCAUGCCUUAAAUCUGCUCCCAAAGAUGUUCACUGAAGGCUUGGCUCAGUGAAGGAGUUGAGAAUCCCAACUCCCAUUGCCAUUGCUCUUACACACAGCAACAGACCCCUGGCAUUGUGUUCUGAACUGCACCGGGGCCAGGGCAAAGAAAGUGCACACCUGAAGACAGCACUUCCUUAGAGAUAUGAGCAAGCUGAAAAGUAUUUGGAUUAUGUGCCCUUGUCUUCUACUGUAGGCUAUGACCCCUUCACAUAUACUGCACAUAAAUAGAAAUUAGAAUAAGGCACAGCAGCUGUUAGACAGGCCCCAGCGUUAGCUUGCUACAGAACUACAGGAGCAGAAGAGUGGCUUAAAUUGACAGUUAUUAGUUAAGAAAUGCAAACAUGGCAACUUUUUAACAAUCGGGGUGACUAUUUGAGACGAAAAAGGAUGCUCUUGAUCAUUGAGACAGCUGCAAUUGAUUCUGAAAAUGGAUUUCAAUAAAUUAUUAUAAUCCACCUGGCUCCUUCUAGGGAAAUCAUCAGUAGACAUAUCUUGGAAACACCUAAAU